UCCGGGAUAUAUACGAGCUGCAGUUCGGCAAUGCAGAACUUCAACCGUGUACUUACCGCUUUCGUUUUCGGAUAAAUUCCGCGCUGCCAUUCCGCUCACGCUGCGCGUGUCGUGCCGUCGGGACUCCGCGCCAGCGCCAACUCAGCGCUGAGCGCCCGCUUCGCAUCAAGUCCUCACAACACGUCUUGCCCAUAUAUGGGCUGCGUAACCCACCACGAUGGCUAGCCACGGCCCCUCUCGUCGUCGCCUACAUCGAUCGGAUUAUGGCUCCAAUGCCGGGCAGCUGUGGCCUCUGGGAAAAAAUUAGUGCUGCCGGUCCACCUGUGUCGCGACUCACGAGGAACAGAUCGCCUGACGCUUGCCACCCCGUUUCCAUAACCCCAUUGGACGUCUUCUACAACGUUCCCCGUCGCCCCGCCAUGCGCAAGGAGUCCGCGAUCUGCUGCGUCCAGGACGACUUCUGGGUCAGAAUUCUGCAUACUUCUGAUCUCUGGCGACAUUCUUAUUGUCAGAAGACCUAUGAAGAUCAGCCGGACGGCCGCCACCAUCUCGCCUACGCGCUAUCGUUCGUCGCACACGGAUUUCGUUCACUCCGAUCCAUUGCGGCGGUUCCUCGUGUCGUGGAGGCCUCCUGUUAUGCGUGGGUUUUGCCCAGCUCAUUCCAUGCGCAGACUGGACGUCCGACGACGUCGGAAAACGAUGGAUGAUGCUUUCCCGUUUAUCAGGCCAGCUCGAUGACGGAUCCCCCUUGAGAUAUCUUGUACGUUAACUCGCAUUUUGCACCCCCCUUCUACAAUGGUGCUGUCAAGUUGCCGAUUCGUCACUUCUCGUUUACGUUUC